AUGGCAGUGGAUACCGCGGCAGCAAUACUGGCCGCACUAGGUGGGGUCCUGUGGCUAGCCGCCCGGCGGUUUAUGGGGUCCAACGUCCAGCGACUGCACCAAGGCGGGGACUCCGGCCUCAUGCGCGGGAAGACCGUGCUGAUCACGGGGGUGAACAGUGGCCUGGGCCGCGCCACCGCGGCCGAGCUGUUGCGCCUGGGGGGUCGAGUGAUCAUGGGCUGCCGGGACCGCGAGCGCGCCGAGGAGGCGGCGGGUCACUCCGCCGUGAGGUCUGCCCGGCUGGAGGCCCCGACUCGGGGCCCAACUCCGGCGGGGCCGGCGAGCUCGUCGUCAAAGAGCUGGACCUCGCCUCUCUGA